AUGAGUUCUUACCUGACUGCCCCACGAUCGAGACCUGGCCACUCCGCAACAUCGCCCUCCCCGCUCCGCCAGACGUCCACAGCUUCCAAUGGCUCCUCGAACCACUCUCAGUACCCCCCGAGCCGCUCGAGCACGCAGUCGAGCCAUGCAUCCAGCGGCUUCGGCUCCUUAUCGCACCGCCGCGGCCUGAGUGAAGCCACGGCUCUCUCUCGCCCGCGAACAGAAGACUACUUCGGAUCCACAGAGACUGACCCAUCAGAUAUGUAUUCGAGCAUGCGCAAAUCGCUACGACCGGCAUCGCCUGAGAAGCAGACGCCAUCGUCUCCCGACAAGGCCAUGAGACCGACGACGCCCGUAUAUCCGCCAUCGCCCGAAAAACUGCUACGUCCCGCAACUUUCUCGAACCCGCCAUCGCCAGACAAGCUACUACGCCCAGCAAGUACUAGCCCGGUUCGCAGCAACAGCCACCUGCGAUCACACAGCGUCGAGAACCUCUACUCCCCCUUCGACGGCCCCUCCUCGCCGACAGCCAAACCGCGCCCGCUCUCGCUAGCAGUAUCUCGACAUGAUUCCGUACGCGCGCCCACCCGCGACCACUCCUCCCGACCGCUAUCCGUCCACCUAGAACGACCAGAACUUAAGAGCUUCCAGAAAUCUUCUACGGGCCACCUGCGGACUCUCUCCAAAUUUGCCGAAGACGCAAACGACGAUGACUUUGCCAUCAAGUCUCCAGAGCAACAGGUCGUGGGUCUCAACGGGCGAAGGAGGCUGCAACGGAACCCGGAUAGGCAAAAAGCAGCUUCCUCAUGGGGAAGUCGGAACUGGAUGGAUCAACAAAGGCAGUUCUUGCAGGCGUACGAAUAUCUUUGUCAUAUCGGAGAAGCCAAGGAGUGGAUGGAAGACAUUCUUGAAAACGACCUACCGCCCGUUGUUGAACUCGAGGAGGCGCUGCGAAACGGCAUCACACUAGCGGAAAUCGUACAGUCCAUCAAGGGACAACCGCUGCGCAUAUUCCGCGACCCAAAGCUACAAUAUCGACACUCCAACAACUACGCGCACUUCUUCAAGUUCCUCGCCGAAAUCGAACUGCCCGAUUUGUUCCGCUUCGAACUCGUCGAUCUCUACGAGAAGAAGAAUGUGCCAAAAGUCAUCUACUGCAUCCACGCGCUCUCAUGGCUCUUGUUCCGGAAAGGCAUCGUCGACUUCCGCAUCGGUAACCUAGUCGGUAAACUCCAAUUCGAGGACCACGAGCUGGAGGCUACACAAAAGGGCCUGGACAAGUCUGGUGUUAGUAUGCCGAACUUCUCUGGUAUGCAAGCAAACUUCCAAGUCGAGCCAGAACCAGAACCAGAGCCAGAGCCAGUCGAGUCCGAAGAAGACCGGAUCGAUCGGGAAUUGGGCGAGAAUGAGGAUAUCAUACUGGAUCUGCAGGCACAGAUGCGUGGUGCUCUGGUCAGGAUACGUCUUGGAAUGCUCAUGGAAGAGCUUUGGGACCAUGAAUACCUGAUUGCAGACUUGCAAGCACGUAUUCGUGGCGACUGGGCUCGACAAAUAUCCACCUACCGCAUGGACAUGAAGCGUUUCGCCGUCACUCUACAAGGUGCUGCGAGAGGAUUCCUGGUGCGGUCGAGACUCCAGGGUGAGGAGCAGUUCUGGCACGCCAAUGAGGCUCAAGUGUUGAAGGUGCAAAACCUGUUCCGGGGUCGUAAGGCUCGGGCACAAGUCCAGUACACAAAGUCGAAGAUUGAGCGACAUGAACACGGCAUACGGCAGUUCCAAGCGGCAAUUCGAGGAGCACUUGAACGACUUCGCGUCUCCGACCGAUACGAACAAACACGCGACACCGAACCAGCUGUUAAGCAUGUGCAGGCUAUGAUCCGCGGUGCCCUUGUACGCGCGCAAGUCGACCGAGAAUGGACAGAGCUACGAGAAAACGAACCUCAGGUCGCCGAUCUCCAAGCCGUCUCAAGAGCAAUGCUUGUCCGUCAAUCCAUGCGUGCUGACCAGGAAGGUCUCCGUCAACACGAGUCUAUGAUUACCCUGUUACAGUCUACCGCACGAGGUCUUCUUGCUAGAAACAAGGAAGCCGCGCAGCAAAAGAAGCUGGUAAGCACGAACGUUGAUUGGUCUCGUCUUCAGUCCCAAGUUCGCGCCAAUGUCUUGAGAAAUUCUGUCCGAGAGAUCCAUCAGUUCCUCUUCGCCGAAGAACCUCAGAUCACCGACUUACAAGCGGUUGCAAGAGGCGCAAAGAUGCGUGCAGAAGUUACUGAUAUUCUCACGCAUCUGCACGAGCAGGAACCUGUUGUUCUGUCACUUCAGUCAUACAUUCGUGGUUUCCUUUCACGACAGAAGCACUUUUCUGAUCUCAAGGCACUCAAGGCACAAGAACCGACCAUCUUGGAUCUCCAAUCAGCCUGCCGAGGCUUCAUGCAGCGCCAACGGACAUAUGACACCCUCUGCGAGAUCAACGCUCAAGAGCCUGAAACAGUCGACCUUCAAGCUGUAGCGCGUGGUAUGCUGGCCAGGUUGCGGAUCGGUAUGCAGCUCGGACAAGUGGAAGAACACGAAGAGGCCAUUGUCGAAUUACAGACCUUGGCGCGUGGUUUGAUAAUUCGUCAGAAGUUUGCAGAGAAGCAGCAGUUCUACAAGGAGAACAUGGAAAAGGUCAUCAAGGUGCAGAGCUUCAUUCGGGGUCGCCAACAAGGUGAGGCCUACAAGAGCUUGACUAGCGGAACCAACCCUCCAGUAUCAACUGUCAAGAACUUUGUACAUCUGCUCAACGACAACGACAUUGACUUUGACGAGGAAAUCGAGUUUGAACGCCUGCGCAAGACCGUAGUACAGCACGUACGUCAGAACGAGCUUGCCGAGCAGUACGUCGAUCAGCUUGACAUCAAGAUUGCGCUGCUUGUAAAGAACAAGAUCACUCUUGACGAGGUCGUCAAACAUCAGAAGCACUUUGGAGGCAACGUGGGAACUCUACUCAGCAGCAAGGACAUUUCCUCAAAGGACCCCUUCGAUCUCAAGGCCCUCAACAAGAACUCGCGCCGCAAGUUGGAGCAAUACCAGGAGCUCUUCUUUGUUCUGCAGACCCAGCCCCAGUACAUGGCAAGGCUUUUCAGGCGCAUACGUGAACAGAGCUUGGCCGAGGGUGACAUCAAACGUAUCGAGCAGCUGACUAUGAGUAUGUUCGGACUGGCCCAGAAGCGCAGAGAAGAGUACUGGCUAUUGAAGCUACUCGCCAGAUCGCUGAAAGAGGAGAUUGAGGGUUGCGCGAACCUCCAUGAGUACCUUCGAGGCAACUUCUUCUGGAGCAAACUAUUCGCCAAUUACAUUAGAUCACCACGAGACCGCAAGUUCUUGAAAGACGUCCUCGGAUCUGUGAUUCGCGAAAACAUUAUUGAGAACGAGCACCUGGAUCUGGAGAGCGACCCAAUGCAAAUCUACCGUUCCGCCAUCAACAACGAAGAGCUCCGUACUGGCCAAAGGAGUCAUCGUGACCCGAAUGUCUCGCGAGACAUAGCACUCAAGGACCCUGAGACACGCGCAACCUUUAUCCACAACCUGCAAGAUCUCCGCGAUGUCGCAGACCAAUACUUCACAAUGUUCGAGGAAGUGCUUCACCGCAUGCCUUACGGCGUCCGCUACAUUGCACAGCAGAUGUUCGAAGAGCUACGUUUGAAGUUUCCCUACGAAGCACAAGAGCAGCUUCUACAAAUCACAGGCCACUGGGUAUGGAAGGCUUACAUCCAACCUGCUCUGUUGCAACCCCAGCACUGGGGUGUUGUGGACCGCGGUCUAUCACCAGUCAUGAACAGAAACCUCGGAGCUGUUGCCAAGGUUCUCAGUCAGAUUGCCUGUGGUAAGCUGUUUGGUGGUGAAGAUCUCUACCUGCAACCUCUUAACAGCUACAUCACGGAAGCCAUUGAUCGGAUGCAAGACAUUUGGUCCAACAUGAUCAAUGUCCGCGCCGCCGAAGCUCAGUUUGAGAUUGACGAGUUCAACGAUCUGUUCGCAAGAACCAAGCCAACACUCUACAUCAAACUCGCAGAUGUAUUCGCCAUUCACAACCUCGUCAUCGACGACCUGCCAAGUUUGUGUCCCUCGCAAGACGAUCCCCUCCGCGAGAUUGUCCGUGAGCUCGGUAGCGCGAAGAACAACGAAAACGAGCUUUUGCACGUCAGCACCAGCGAGAUUACCUUGACCCUGAAUCCUAAGUAUCAUGAGCAAGAGGAUCCCGACUCCGCUAUCAAAUCCCUCUUCAUGGAAACCAAGCGCUAUGUCCUAUACAUCAUCCGUAUCCAGACCGGCGCCAACCUUACCGAAAUCAUGACCAAGCCCAUCACCCCCGACGACGAAGCCCGCUGGGACGCCCUCGUGAACGAAGAAAUCAUCGCCCAACGAAGAGACCGCUCACGUAAACAAUCCAACAUCGUCCGCUCAUCCGCCGCAUCAACCUAUACUCAGGACAUGGGAGCCAACUCUGUCCUCGACCUUGACUACCCCACUCUUAAGCAAUACUGUCUAGAGAACAUGGUGCAACUCCAACGCGCAGGCCGCAUCUCCCACACGAACAACUACCAGGAUCUUCUCAAUGCUAUCGCAGUCGACAUCCGGACGAAGCACCGUCGCCGCAUCCAGCGUGCUAAAGAGUUGGAGGGUGUAAGAACUACACUCGCUGCUUUGGACGAGAAAGCGCAUUUCUUGGAAUCGCAGUUGAAGAGUUACAACGACUACAUUGAACAAGCCAUGGUGACUCUGCAGUCCAAGAAGGGCAAGAAGAAGUUCCUCCUCCCCUUUACCCGCCAAUACAACCACCAGCGCGAAUUGAAGAACUCGGGCCGUGAGUACCGCUUUGGUUCGUUCAAGUACUCGGCCAGGAACCUGGCCGAAAAGGGCAUCCUGAUCUCGUGGUCUGGAUACGACGAACGCAUGUGGGACCGCCUUGACAUUACUAUUUCGUCGAAUCAGACGGGUAUCUUUGAGAUUCAGGGUAGCCAGGGUUCAAUGAUGAUUCCGGGUGCUUUUGCAGAGGUGCCGCUGGAUGGGCUGCUGCAGGCGCAAUUCGACAAUCAUCAGUUCAUGAACUUGUUUGGAGAGGGUGCUGCCAGCGGUGGUAAGAUGAUUGGAAGCGGAGCGGAUGGAGUGGCGAGGGUUAACGUUAAUUUGUUUUUGCAUUUGAUUUUCAAGAAGUUUUAUAGGGAUGGAUAA